AAGCAAUCAUCGUGGUCCUAAUCCCACCCCUCAUUGUACAGCCUCCCACCCCUCAGGAAUUCAGGAAAUUUCUCUUGUGCAACCAGUUAGACAAGAGAAAAAGUUGCAGAGAGACAUUUUGGAGCCUGGCUAGUCAGGUAAGCAACCAACAUUGCCUCUUUUAAACUAGCUACAUCUGGGAUGCCCACAGGACUUUAGGGGUGGAAGGGGCAAUCCUAGAACUGCCUUGUCUGGUCUAGUUACUGUGGCUUAACAGUUGGUAUUUUCUUUAUUGGUUCACAUUUUGUUGGGUUUGGGGAGAAAUGUAUUGCUUUAAUAUGUUGCUUCUUUAAAAGAUCCCUUUUAAUGCUCUUGGCUUUAAAUGCUGGACUCUCACCCCCCCCUUCUCUCUCUCUCUCUCUCUCUCUCUCUCACACACACACACACACACACAAACCUCUAUACUAGCAGCAGGUAAAAGUUAGAAUAACCACAUCCAGUGCUUUUUUUCUUAAAAAAAUGUUUAGGGGUACUCUCAUUUUCCUACUCAUAUUGAAAUACUGCCCCUCAAUGAGGCCAAAUUUAGAUUCACAAAAUGUUUAGGGGUAUGCGUACCCCUGCAUCCUCCUGAAAAAAAGCACUGACCACAUCCUUCCAUUAAAAAAUAAGUGAGCCUAAUGAGAAAAAGUUGGAUUUUAGCCUCUGUUCUGCAGGACUCUUUGCUUAGGCAAAGUUUUUUUCUCCCCACACCCAUCUCACUCUCUCACCCACACCCACACACCCCUGCCCUAGUACACAGUAUUUUUUAGAGGUAACCUCAUCUGGGACUUUGGGCAAAAUGAUGCAACCACUCUGAAUGCCUCAAGGCUGUUGUCAGUAUUUUGCAGAAAGGAUUCACACAACAAAAUGACUUUAAUAAUAAUAAAGAAAAACCUGGGCUGCUUGAGGUUUGGAGAGUAAUGGGGAAAUGUGUUGCAAAAUGUGGGCUGAAUGAAUGAUUACAGGAAAGAAAUGGAAAUACCCUGCAAAUAACUUUGGGGUGAAUGUAAGAUGAAUGGUCCUUGUCAGAGAACGUCUGCAUAGUAAACAAAUCAGAACAGAUGCUCACAAAAGAUUGGCCAUAGUUUAACCACUGUGUAAACUUUGUGUACAGAUCAGCAGGAGAGCUGGACUGGUUGUUAAAUAAGAAAGAAGGCAGGCAGGUGGGGGCUGGCAAUGUCCCACUCCCCCUGAAAAACCAGGGCAGGGGUGCCAACUUGAAUAAAAUAUUGUGGGGAGCAGGUAAGCCCUGACCCACAUAAUCACAAGAAGCAGCAUACACACAUCACUUGAAUGCCAAUUCCCAUUAACUUUUGGGCAGCUGGCCCCCUCAAAUAUUCUAUUGGGGGACCCCUAGGAGUUUGCUGCUAUGAACCAGGGUGAGCCUCGCUUCCUUUCCUUUUACUAACAGCAUAGCAUGAGUAAAAAAACAAGGGGGUGAGUAUAACAAUCCCAAAAAACAGUUCAAUGAGAACUGAAUAUGCUUGGCAGCCUCAGAAUGUUGGGAAACGUUUGCAAGGGUGGGACAGAAUGCUGGUUGGGGGCAGCGCAGAGAAUACACUGGCAUAUCUUGCAAAAGGGUGUUGCUGGCUAGCAUCCUGUACAAGAGGACUCUACCCUGAAGGUCCCAUUAGCAUUUCUUCCUUUUUUCACGAUGUUUUUUAAUUCAAUCCAUUAUAUUACUAUACUAACAUAAAAAAUGAAAAGGGGGGGGAAUAAACCUUGUCCAGUUUACUGAUGUGAUAUUGUUGUCUCUUCUGGUGUAGAGGGGAAAAAUUGGGGCGCAGAAGCUGGAGUUAGCUUAUAGGUGAGUCCCACUUCAAAUAAUCUGAAAAGCACCUAUAUAUAGAAAAUGGUCAGCUGUCAGACUGUGGCCCCUUUGUCCAAGCAGAGAGAUGGUCAUUUGCAGUCACCAGCAACACAGGGACCCAAACAUUAUCACAUUCCAGAUUUUCUGAGGUUUUAGGUAGUCAUAGGAAGAUAACUGUUAUGUACAUAACAAUAACCAAAGUUAGCAUCCUUCUCCUCCCGCUAGGAAGAGCUGCCAUCAGGCAAAGGGUAGCAAUUCCCACCCCUCAUUCCUACCCCUAGGUGACACCAUUAGUUUAUUGGGCUUUGUCUGGUAUGCCUUUGCCGAUAUCUCUAUGGUUUCUUCUUCCUAGUCUUCAUGGCCUCCCAGCCAAAUCUUUCACACCUUUUGCCUGCUGCCCGCUUGCGUCAACUGGCCUGUGACUGGCUGCGGGAAGAUGCUCCUGCCUUUGACUACGGUGGCUAUGCUGUCGGUGACCGUCAGGAAUGUGCCGUGCUCCUCUGCAAGUCCCCAGGAGUCUUAGCCGGCUUCCCUUUCUUUGAGGCCAUCUUUGCUGAAGUUGGCUGCUCUGUGGAGUGGCUCCAGUCGGAGGGAGCCUGGGCAGAACCAAUCAGCCGGGUGGCGGAAGUGCGUGGGCCAGCCAAAGAUAUCUUGCUGGGCGAACGGGUGGCUCUGAACUGUAUUGGGCGAUGCAGUGGUAUUGCUACGUCAGCAGCCAAGGCGUGUCAAGCAGCACGGGAAUCUGGCUGGCAUGGAGAGGUGGCUGGGACGAGGAAGACCACGCCAGGCUUCCGCUUGCCUGAGAAGUAUGCUCUCCUGGUGGGAGGGGCUUCUUGCCACCGCUACGACCUGGGGAGCCUCAUCAUGUUGAAAGACAACCAUGUGUGGGCAUCAGGCGGCAUCACACAGGUGGGUGUUGCUUUGCCAGUCUCUCCUUCCCUCCAUCACCGUGUGACACAUAUGGCGGUAGAACAAGGCCACAUCUGAACCUUGCAUCGUAAGAAACAUGGAUUGCCCCAAAGACUCAUGGGAACUGUGGUUUGCGAUAGGUGCCAAGAGUUAUUAGUAAACGAUUCCCCUCACUAGCACUGGGCGAUAUCUGGUUUUCAAGAUCGCAAUAGAGCACCAGCUAAACAUCACGAAAUAUACCAAUAUAUCAUGAUGUCUGAAAUAAGCAGUUCCAGCCCCUUUGUGGUGAGUUCUGGCGCCUCUUUGGAGGCAGCAGGCAAUCUGGGCAGGGCGGCGGCAUCGAUGGUGCCGUAAGCAGCUGUGGCGUUGGCACUCCCUAAAAAAAGCUGCACAAUUUUGGCACUCCCUUAAAAAAAGCUCAACCACUUGUCCGUCUCAAAAAGGUGGGAGUUCCUGCACCUAUUUUUCUAGGGAGGGAAAGCACUGGAAAUAAGGAUGGAGUUAAGUAGAGGCACUGGCUGGCUUCACGGUUUUCCCCCACAUUGUGAUUUAUGCAUAGCACACACACAUCUUAAUUCGUGAUCUAUUUAUUGCCAAGUCAAAAAUUAUGAAACUGAAAGCAUGAUAUGGACUUCAAACCGGUUUUGGACGAUAUAUCGCCAAGCUCUACCCCUCACAAGGUAACAAUUCCCAGGGUGGUUUAACGAUCAAUCCCUCUUCCUGGGGAACUCUGGAAAUUGUAGUCGUGCGAGGGCAGUAGAGGUCUUCUAACAAUUCUGCCUAGGAUUCUUAAAGUAACAAAUGCUGCUUUAAAUAUACAGUACAGAAGAGGCUAAAGUCUCGCUGUUACAUUAGAAGUGAAUAAGUGGGAUUCUUCAAAUUGUUUUUAGUACAUUUUGAACUCUACAAUAACCAGGAAUAGGGUUUUUUUAUAAAAAAAACAAAAACAAAAACCCAAACCUUGCCUUUUCUGCACUGUGCAUUAGCUUGCUUCAUACCUGUUUUUUAAAUGUUACCAUCCCACAGGCUAUCCGGAGUGCCCGGCGUGUUGGAGGCUUCGCCCUGAAGGUGGAGGUUGAGUGCCGUUCAUUGGAAGAGGCUCUCGAGGCAGGAGAAUGUGGUGCAGAUAUUAUUAUGUUGGAUAACUUUGCUCCGCAGGUAAACUUGGCUGGGCCAAGAUGGGGACAGGUGCUGAAGCUGAAAUUGCUGUCUGUGCCUUUUUAUUGCUUUGUAAACGGCUUGACUUUUGAAUUUUUUGGAACUAUGAAGUGAAAGCACCACAAUCUUUAAAGGUGCUGUCAAACAGCGUUGCGUUAAUGGCACCCAGUCCCUUCAGGAACUGAUCCAUUUUGAUUUUUACUGCUGUGGUCCCCCAGUCCUCAUCUGACUCCAGCAUGGAUUUGUGCCUCCACCUCACUCAGCCUUGGGCAGGCUUUAGUGUUUGUUAAAAAACCCACAGUUCUACCACCCCAAGCACUGUGUCCUUUUUGUACUGUGUAGCUAGCCUACAGUACAAAAGUAAAAUUGACAUUAGUUGCCCUGCUGACUUUUCCCUCUGGCUCCACCCACCAGCUUGUGGCCCUUGAAAGUUGCCUAAGAAGGCAAUGUGGCCCUCUGGGUGAGAACCAGUUUCAACAGCAACUAUCCCUCAAAGGCAACCUGAGAAUUAGGCCUCAGUUAUGACACUGAGGGCUUACCCACACCUACCUUUCCUCCACUCUUUCCAGACAUGGUACAUGCUUUAAACCUUCAAGCACCCUUUCUUUCUGCAUUCCCCACGGAAACCCACUCCUUAAAGCUUAAUCGGAGCAAACCCGAAUUGAUGUUUGCUCCAAUUGAGCACUAAAGAGCAGGUUUCUGUGGGGAAAGCUCAGGGGCAAAAAAACCAAAAAACAAAUCCAACCCACCAUGCUCGGACAUGGAGCUUGAAACAUGCACCUGUGCCUGGAAAGAGUGAGGCAACAAAGUAUGAAUAAGCCCUGAGAUUUUUGAGUGGACUCUGCCUCUGUUCCCGUUAACCUCCACUCCCCAAUUCUCCUCCUACACAGGACCUGCACCCCACAGCCAGUACGGUGAAGGCCUCUUUCCCUCGGGCGACAGUGGAAGCCAGCGGGGGGAUCACUGAGGAUAACGUGGCCCAGUUUGUGGGGCCCAACAUUGACGUGGUCUCCCUCGGUUGCCUCACCCAGUCAGCAAGAGCUGUGGAUUUCUCUCUCAAGAUCUGCCGGGAUCCGGCCUCCAAGCCACCACUGCGGAAUUUUGUCUUCUGAGUCCUUAGGAUGGGAGACCCAGACAAGCGGCCUUGCCAGGUGGCGGGAGGUUUGGUGUUGGUGGGAAUGUGAUAGAGGGUGGAUAGCACCAAUUGUGUACAGUGGUACCUCAGGUUAAGAACUUAAUUUGUUCCGGAGGUCUGUUCUUAACCUGAAAUUGUUCUUAACCUGAGGUACCACUUUAGCUAAUGGGGCCUCCUGCUGCCACCGCGCUGCUGGAGCACUAUUUCUGUUCUCAUCCUGAAGCAAAGUUCUUAACCCGAGGUAAUAUUUCUGGGUUAGCAGAGUCUGUAACCUGAAGCGUAUGUAAUCCGAGGUACCACUGUACAAGGUUUGCCAGGUACAAACCUGUGCCAUAUCUGUGCCAAACCUGUGCCUGCAGGAUGGCUCAGUUGGUUAGAGUUUGGUGCUGAUAAUGCCAAGGUUGCAGGUUCGAUCCCUAUAUGGGACAUCUGCAUAUUCCUGCAUUGCAGGGGGUUGGACUAGAUGAUCCUCAGGGUCCCUUCCAAUUCUGUGAUUCUAUUCUAUAUCUGCACUUUUGGAAGGUCCAAAAUUACAGGCACAGGGUGCUUUGUUCCAAUGUGUUGAGCACAGUGGCUGCAUCUGCUCUUGCAGAAGGAUCCCAGGAGGUGAUCUCUAGGAGUUCUGCUGUGACGCUCCCUAAAGAAAUAAUGGGUGGGAUCUUUUCCUGUUGUGUUUGCUCAGCUCCUGCUGCAGGCCGUUUUGGUAAGCUAGCAAGUAAACGCUCAUCUUUUUUAAAAGCCAGGGCGUGGAAGCCUGAGGCCUUCCAGGUGAUGUUAGGACUCAAACUCCCAUCACCCCUGAUCAUUUGCCAUACUGGCUGGGGUUGAUGGGAUUUGGAGUCCAAGAACAGCUGCAGGGCAACAGGUUCCCCAACUCCUUCAAUAUUUCUGUUCCUUGAAUGUCUUCAGGAUGCUCCUGCCCCCUCAAGCAGCACCACAUCUAUUGCAAGAGACCAUUCCCCCCUCCAAACUCUCUGGAUUUAAAUUUGUCUAUGGGUGAAAGCCAUUGCCCUGAAGCAAGAAGCAGACCGUUAUUGGCUUAAAAUCCUUUGUGUGUGGAUUCGUGUAGUGUAGCUACGGGUGGACUUCUCCUUCCCCCACCCUCUUAGCUAGGGAGGAAUGCUCAAUUUUAAGGCAAUGCUGGCCACCUGCAGUUUUUAUACAUUAAGAGAUGAGGAAAUGGCAGUUGUUGUAUCUGUUGGAUGCCUUCUCUUCCCUUGAGGCCUUGAUUCAACUUGACACCUGCACAGCCCCUCCCCAACCAAAAAGCCUCCUUUGAAUAUGUUAUGUACUGAGUUGAAUAGGAUCCAAACUGCAGCAGUCUGAUUGGUCCUAGAACAAUAGAAUCCAAAACGCAGCAGUCUGAUUGGUCCUAGAACAAUAGGAUUCAGAAUGCAGCAGUCUGAUUGGUCCUAGAACAAUGCAGCAGUAUGAUUGGUUGGCAGGAACCACCCAAUCAUUCUCCAGAUAGAAGCGAAUCCACAACCUGAUUGGCUUACAGUAGAAUUCGGAAUUAGCCAAUCAUGCGCAGCCCAUUGUGUAAAUAAUGUAUAUAAAGCAGAUACUUUGAGGGGACAUUCAUUCAUUCCUCCUCACCACUAUGAGCUGAAUAAAGAGCAUGAAAUCACUUUGCGACUCUGAGUAUAUUUCAGAAUAGCUGCUGCCUCUUCCCACAUUCCAUCUUUUAAGAUUCUUCCCAGAGGCAGGCAGCAUGGCUGCACCCAGCCUCCCUUGCUUAGCUUACUCCAUCGCCCCAAAGAGUUCUAAGAAACUCAAAAGCUUCCUCUUUGCUUUGUGACAUGUUGCUUGACCUAAUAAUGGUAACCCCCUGCCCCCCGGUAUGGAUUCUAGAAAGUAUUAAAAAAUAUUGGGCGGUAUUCAGCUGAGUGUUGCUCACAAUAGACAGCCUCUGAAAUUUACAAACCCGAGGCAACAAUCUUCAUCACAUUUACCCUGGAACUGGCCCCACUAAAUUCAAUAGGACUUACUUCUGAGUAGACCGGGUUAGGAUUACACUGUUAGCUAAUGUUCAUUAAGUCCAGUGGAUCUGCUAUGAGUAAAAUGUCAUUGAAUACCACCCAUUAUAUUUAUAUCUGCUGCUCAAUGAAUUAAGUGGUUUUUAUUGAUUUAGGCCUAAUCUGUUAUUUUUCAUCAAACUUGUUAUAUAAUGUCCACCAC